AUCAGUUUCAAGUGUUUGGCAUACCAUAGCAUGAGUAGUUCUCACCAUCAACCAUGUCCAACGAUCCAAGGUCUCUGAGUUACUCCUUUCUAACUCACUUCAACAUGGCGAUGGCAGACCCAGAACCUUGGUCGUUCCUCACCCUCGUUUUCCUGUGACUUUUUUCUUUACAUCCUCAAACUCACAAACUUUGGGGUGUGUUUCUUUUUGUGUCGGUUUCCUUGUCUUUUGGCUUUCUUGGUUGCAGAAAAUGGGCAUGGGGGAGAAGAGUCCAAGGAGUUUCCAAUUGCACCAUCGUGAUGGGAAGAAGCAAGAGUUCAGAGGGGUGCCAAAAGGGUGCAUGGCAAUUAAGGUUGGUCAAGGAGAAGAGCAACAGAGGUUCGUGGUUCCUGUCAUGUACAUCAACCAUCCUCUCUUCAUGCAGCUUCUCAAGGAGGCAGAGGAAGAAUACGGUUUCGACCAGAAGGGAACCAUAACCAUCCCUUGCCACGUUGAGGAAUUCAGAAACGUCCGGGGUCUGAUUGAUAGGGACAAGUCCCUUCACCACCACCAUGUUGGUUGCUUUGGCUUCUGAAUUCGGCUCCUAACCAAGGUUUUAACAAAUGGGUUUUGUCCACAGUUUUCUAAAUAUUCAGAAUUCUGAAGAGACUGGUGUGACUUUAAUUUAAAACCUUGGUGAAACCAUGGAGAUAGAAUUGAUCUUUGGCAACAAAUCGGCACUCCUUUAGUUUUUCAAUGAUUAUCUCAUGUAAAUUUGCUAGCUUUUAGAUUUAUUUUUGGUAGUGUUUGGUUUUAUGUGAAAGAAAGUUCCUUAGAUAGGUGAAGGUGAAGACAAUAGAAUGUUGUUUCUUCCCAAUGGUACUUACUUUUUUUCUAUAUUGCUAGGAAUCGUUAUGGAAAAAGGAGAUGCUUUUCUUUUCUUUUCUAUUCUUUUUCUUGUGAAGAAUUUUUCACGCGCUGGAAUAAUUGGUACACCACUCUUUCUGGAAAGAGAAGAAAUCGAAAAAGAAGGAAUUGACGGUAAGUAGGGCCGAAAUUUUGUUUCUUUUCCUCUCUUUUGAGUCACUGAAUUCCUCUCACUGUAACACAUGGGGUUCCUUUCUUAAUUAAUCUCUGAUUACAAAAAAAAAAUCGAGUCUUUCUGUCACUGUAGAUGAUGGGGCUUGUGAGCUGGGGUUACAUUCUUGAUUAAGCUCAGAUUAUCUAAAUUACGAAAAUCUGUGGUGGUGUGUACCGGUGGCCA